CUCUCACGGUUCGGAGGAAGAGCAUCUGCAGAGUCUCUGGUGCCUAGCUUUCUGGAAGAGCCAGAGUCUCUUUUACUUUCAAAGAAUAUGUUUACUACCUGAGGAGCCUUGGCCUGGGACACAUAUCAGUGAGCCCCAUAGAAGAGCAGGUUCCAAUCAAACACCCAUUUCUAGAGCAGAAAUGUCCAGCAGAGACAAGGAUCCACUGGCCUCCUGCUCGGAGCAACAGGAGAAGGGAGACGUGAAGCAGGACCUGUGGGAGCUGCACAGCCAAGCAUCAUCUGAGGACUCUAUCACCAUGGAAGCAGAUCAGUCCAAGAAGGCAAGUGCCACAGAGGAGACUCAGCAUAAGGACCAACAGGACUUGGACUUCAUCCACAAAAGGAGGAAGCAGAAGGGCCAGGAGCCACAGUGGACCAAAGCUCAGGCAGAGAAGGACUUGAUGCUAAACAGUUCUUCAUCAUUUCUUCGCAGAAGAAGCAAACACAGUCUGCAAUCACUUACCGACCAAGGACAUGAAGCACUAUCAACAAUUGGCUUUUUUGGACCACUUAGGAGACCAAUUCCACUUUCGAUGACAAUUGAGCGUCCAAGAAAAAAUAUGCCUUCAGGUGAACCUACAGCUGUUUUGAGCAGAGGGACAGCUACACCCCAAGAUUCUGCACAACUACUCAGUCUAAGUGAAGAAAUUUGUAGCAUGAGCCCUCCUUCAGCUGUCGGUUUAUCAUCUCUUAGCUCCACACGACCAUCUAAGCCACAUAAAGCUAAACCCCAAGAUUCUGCACAAUUUCUGAGUCCAAGAAUAGACCUUUUAAGUGGAACCUAUUUUUCAGCUCUCAGUGUAUCAUCACUUAGCUCCACAAGCCUAUCCAACACAGAUACAGCUAAACCACAAGAUUCUGCACAACUACUGAGCCCAGGAUUAGACCUAUUUAGUGGAAGCCCUCUUUCAGGUGAACCUACCGAUGUUUGGAGCACAGGGACAUCUGGCCUCCAAGAUUCUGCACAAAUACUCAGCCUAGGUGAAGAAAUUUGUGGCAUGAGACCUCUUUCAGGUGAACCUACAGCUGUUUGGAGCGCAGGGACAUCUACCCCCCUAGAUUCUCAACAACUACUCAGCCCAAGUGAAGAAAUGGGUGGCAUGAGCCCUCUGGAAGCUAUCGAUUUAUCAUCACUUAGCUCUACAAGCCCAUCCAACACAGAUACAGCUAAACCACAAGAUUCUGCACAACUACUGAGCCCAGGAUUAGACCUUUUUAGUGGAAGCCAUCUUUCAGGUGAACCUACAGCUGAUUGGAGCGCAGGGACAGCUAUCCCCCAUGAUUAUGUACAACUACUCAGCCGAAGUGAAGAAAUUUGUAGCAUGAGCCCUCUUUCAGCUGUCAGUUUAUCAUCUCUUAGCUCCACUCGACCAUCUAAGCCACAUAAAGCUAAACCCCAAGAUUUUGGACAACUACUGAGCCCAGGAAUAGAUGUUCUUAGUGGAAGCUCUCUUUCAGCCUUUCCUUCAUCAUCUCUUGGCUCCACAAGCCCACCCAACCUACAUACAGCUUCCCCACAAGAUUCUGCACAACUACUGAGCUCAGGCCAUGGAAUUUGGAGGAUGAGACCUCAUUCAGACAGUUCAUCAACAUUUCCUGCCUCAAGAAGCACACCCCGUGUACAAUCACCUACCUAUGAAGGAUGUACAGUACAACCACGACAAGGAGCUGCAGUUCACAGACAAUCUCUGCCUUUGAGAACAAUUCAGAAUUCAGCCUUUUCUUCAUCAUCUCUUGGCUCCACAAGCACACCCACCCUGGAUACAACUAUCCCCCAAGAUUCUGUACAACUACUGAGCUCUGGUCAUGGAAUUUUUAGGAAGAGACCUCAUUCAAGAAUCACUCCAGAAAUAUAUCAUAACCAAGAAGGAGAGAAUCUUUAUCCCUCAAAAACAGAAGAUUUGCCCCAAUAUUUCACACAGCUACUACUUCUACAAAAAUCUUGCCCAAGAGGCUGGGAGACAUUGGACAGAAAAAGCUGGCAUCAAUGUGUAGCAGAGGAGAGAGGACAUCUGAUUAAGGCCAAAGACUUAUUUCUCCCAAGCACAGGUACCCAGGAGGAGCCUCACCUAGUCAUAUUAGAGGGGGCUGCUGGGAUUGGGAAGUCAACACUGGCCAGGCAGGUGAGGAGAGCAUGGGAGGAAGGCCAGCUCUACAGGGAUCGCUUCCAGCAUGUCUUCUACUUCAGCUGCAGAGAGCUGGCCCAGUACAAACAGCUGAGUCUUGCUGAGCUCAUAGCAAAAGACCAGGCUGUGCCUGAGGCUCCCAUCAGGCAGAUCCUGUCUCACCCUGAGAAGUUGCUCUUCAUCCUGGAUGGCAUAGAUGAGCCAGCAUGGGUCUUGGAGGAGCAGAAUCCCGAGCUCUGUCUGCACUGGAGCCAACAACAGCCAGUGAACACACUUUUGGGCAGUUUGCUGAGGAAAUCCAUCCUGCCUAGGGCUUCCUUGCUGCUCACAGCUCGGACAACAGUUCUGAAGAAGCUCAUUCCUUCCUUGGGGCAGCCACGUUGGGUGGAAGUCCUGGGUUUCUCUGAGUCAGGACGGAAGGAAUACUUCAACAAAUAUUUUGCAAAGAAAAAAGAAUCAAUUGCAGCUUUUAGCUUCAUUGAAUCAAACCCAGUGCUCUCAACACUAUGUUUUGUGCCCUGGGUGUCCUGGCUGGUCUGCACUUGCCUGAAGCAGCAGAUGGAACAAGGUGGAGACCUCUCAAUGACUGCUCAGACCACCACAUCUCUCUGCCUGAAAUAUCUUUCCCAGACUCUCCCAUCCAAGCACCAGGGAAAUGAGCUCACAGGGCUCUGCUCACUGGCUGCUGAGGGGAUCUGCCAAAGAAGGACCCUGUUCCGUGAGAUAGAUCUCCAGGAUCAAGGGUUAUCUGAGGAUGUCAUUGCCACUUUCCUGAAGAUUGGUGUCCUUCAAAAGCAGCCCAGUUCUCUGAGCUACAGUUUUGCCCACUUGUGUCUCCAGGAGUUCUUUGCAGCAAUGUCCUACAUCUUAGGAGGUAGUGAAAGACAUGAUGAUAUGGAAAACUACAGAAUUGUGGAAACACUUAUAGAAGUGUAUGGAAGACAAGAUCUGUUUGAAGCACCCACCAUACGCUUCCUAUUUGGCAUUUUAAGUGAACGGGGGAUGAAAGAGAUAAGGAAGAUCUUCACAGGCCCCUUGAUUCUGCACACACCAUGGGACCUGCUGGGGAAAUCCAGGGCAUUGCUCCAGCAUCAGCAGCUGUAUUCUCUGGGGUUGUUUCAUUGUCUGUACGAGAUUCAAAAUGAGGAGCUCCUGACACAAGUGAUGCAUGAUCUUCAAGAAAUGAGGGACAAUACCCUGACAGAUAUGAUGCACCAAUUGUUCCAGACAAAUGUGAAGCACCUGGUAGUCCAGACAGAUGUGGAGCUCAUGGUGGUCACUUUCUGCAUUAAGUUCUGCCAUUAUGUGAAGAGGCUUCAGUUGAAUGGGGCUGUAAAGCAAGGACAAACACUGAUGGCCCCCAGGAUGGUUCUGUACAGGUGGACCCCAAUAACUAAUGCCAGUUGGAAGAUCCUCUUCUCUACUCUUGAGUUCACAGGAAGCCUGGAGGAGCUGGACCUAAGUGGUAAUACACUGAGCUACUUUGCACUGUGGAAUCUUUGUAAGACCCUGAAAUGCCCUGGAUGUCACCUAAAGACAUUGUGGCUUAUCAGCUGCGGCCUCACAUCCAGCCACUGUGUGGACCUGGCUUCAUUGCUCAAGGCCAGUUCCAGCCUGACUGAGCUAGACCUGCAGCUGAAUGACCUGGGUGACCAAGGUGUGAGGCUGCUGUGUGAGGCGCUCAGGAAUCCUGCCUGCAACCUCAGAAUCCUGAGAAUGGACCAGGCUCCUCUCAGUGCCCAGGUGAUGAUGGAGCUCAGGACUGUGGAGGCAGAGAAUUCACAGCUGCACAUCUCCAGCACAUGGAAGCCACGUGUAAUGGACCCUACUAAGAACCCAGAUGGAGAAGAAAUGGAUGAUUACCAGAACUCAUGUAAGCGGCAGAGACUACAGUCAGAGGAGGGGUGCUCACAAUUUGCACCACUAGAGCCGUUCCAUCCAUCUUCUCCUGACUCUCCAAGAGACAAACACCUGGAAUCACUGGGGACUGAAGAUGACUUCUGGGGACCUACAGGACCUGUGGCUACAGAGGUGGUUGACAGAAAGAGGAGCCUGUACCGAGUUCAGUUCCCUGUGCCUGGUUCCUACCACUGUCCCAACACAGGACUCCACUUUGUGGUGACAAGGGCAGUGACCAUCGAGAUUCGAUUCUGUGCCUGGACCCAAUACCUGGAUGAGACUCCCUUAGAGCACAGUCACAUGGUAGCUGGGCCUCUAUUUGACAUCAAGGCUGAGCAGGGAGCUGUGGCUGCUGUGCACCUCCCUCAUUUUGUGGCUCUCCAAGAGGGACAUGUGGACAUCUCCCGGUUCUGUGUGGCCCACUUUCAAGAACAUGGGAUGGUCCUAGAAACUCCAACAAGGAUGGAACAGCAUUAUGCAGUGCUGGAAAACCCAAGCUUCUCCCCAGUGGGAGUUCUAAUGAAUAUGACUCCUGCUCUUGGACACUCCAUCCCCAUCACUUCCAUCACAUUGAUCUACUAUCACCUCAAUCUCAAGGAAGUGACAUUUCACCUUUAUCUGGUCCCUAAUGACUGCACCAUUCGGAAGGCCAUUGAUGAUGAAGAAAUGAAAUUCCAAUUUGCUCGAAUAAACAAGCCACCCCCAGUAGAAUCUCUUUAUAUUGGUUCCCGCUACAUCAUAUCUGGUUCCAGGAACCUGGAAAUCUUCCCAAAGGAACUAGAGCUGUGCUACAGAAGCCCCGGGGAAUUGCAGCUCUUCUCUGAGAUCUAUGUUGAUCACAUGGUUUCAGGGAUUACGCUCCAUAUCAAAGACAAGAAGCACAAGAAUAUCAUAUGGAAAGCCUUGCUGAAACCAGGGGACCUCAGGCCUGCACGGCCCAUGACUGAUGAAGCCAACAAAGAUGCUGCUACCUUGCUGCAUUUCCUGGACCAGCAUCGGGAGCAGCUGGUGGCCCGAGUGACAUCAGUAGACCCUGUCUUGGACAAGCUGCAUGGUGCUGUUCUGAGUGAAGAGGAGUAUGAGGCAGUGCGGGCUGAAGCCACCAACCAAGGCAAGAUGAGGAAGCUCUUCAUCCUCAGUCGGUCCUGGACCAGGGCCUACAAAGAUCGAGUCUACCGAGCUCUGAAGGAGACCCAUCCUCACCUGAUAGUGGAACUCCUUGAGAAGUCAAGUGGCAUUUCUGUGGGAUCUUGACAUCUUAGUGUUUGAGGCAUGAGCACUUUCUUUUGAGUGCUGGCUCUACCUGACUUUCCUUUGACCCUCAGAUUCUCUGUCUAUAAACCAGUGGACAUCUGAGUUGCAUUUCUGAUGAUACUGUUUCCAGGACACCUCUUGAGGACCCAGAUGUUCCCCUCUUGGCCUUCCCCAGCCAGAUGUUCAUGUGGGAUGAACUUCCAGUAGAGACAAGAAGUCUAUUCAGGCCUUGUCCAGCCUGCUCUUAUGGCAAGAGUGGCCCGGCUUGUGCCCACCUGACCCACCAUGAUACAAGCAACUAGGAAGCAUGGGAAUGGAGACAGUGAGAUGGUACUUUUCCCUGAAAAGUGAAUGUCUUAUGAAUAGAAAAGGAAGGAGGUUUCUCAAACAUUUCCCACCUCUUUUUCCCAAAUAAUUUUUAUAUAACUCUGG